AUGCCUCCAAAGCUAGGUCAGAUUGUGGAAACGGUCCUCUACACCUCGGACGUGGCCCGCCUGGCCAAAUGGUACAGGGACAUCAUGGGCAUCGUGCCCUUCCACGAGAACCCCCGAAGUGCCGGGUUCAGCCUGCCCAAUGACACGAUACUGCUGCUGUUCGACCGCAACAAGACGAAGGAAGACAAGGUAUUUCCCACGGGCGUCAUUCCCAAGCACGGGACCGAGACUGGCCUUGGCCAGCACAUGGCUUUUGCGUGCGCCUCCCAUGACGAGCUCUCCCAGUGGGAGCGGCAUUUCAAAAACAAAAAUGUCGACAUUAUCGCAAAAAUGAGUUGGGAGUUGGGCGGAAAGUCGGUCUACGUCAAGGAUUGGGAGGGACAUGUAAUCGAGGUCAUGACCAGAGGUGUCUGGCCGGUGUAUUAA